AUGCCGGCCUCUACGUCACAACGCCAUUGCGGGUUUGUUUUGGCUGCUCUUCUUCUGGUUUAUUCAGUAGCGGCUGAAGGUUCAUACAAAGGAACCCCUGCCGGGGAGCUCACAGCACCCGAGAUUGAAAUCAAGUUGCAAGAAUGCCCCCUCGUUCGGGAACUGAACGCGCAUAAACUCGCAACCAGCCCAGAAACCACCAGUUUCACCUCCCAAAUAUUUGCUGUGCUCUUCCCUGGCAGUCCGGCAGUCAACGCUAUAUUAGCUACAUUUUACAUCUCAGGACCACCCAAUUUCCUCCUUGCAUUAUGUCCCCCAAACAUCGACCCUUCCUCACUUUCUGUGAUGGUUGCAUUUGCGGUAGGCGGGCUCCUCGGUGAUACUCUCUUUCAUCUUCUGCCGGAGAUAUUCUUAGGCGAAGAUUCACCAGAACAUGUCCGUUUCGUCCUCGUUGAACCAAAUAAAAACUUGCUCCUGGGGCUUGCUAUCCUUGUAGGAUUCUUGACUUUUGUGGCCAUGGACAAAGCACUCCGUAUCGCUACUGGGGAGGGGAGUGGGCAUGAUAAUAGCCACACCCACAUGCAUGUGGUAGAAGAUAGCGUCGCAAUAGCCUCUAGCUCCACAACCGCCAACGGGAACCCCCAAGGUGAUCUAAAGAAGCGCAAGCGUGACCCGAAAACUGAAAACACCAACAUGUCGAAUAAUGGGGAUGAGAAGGAAGUAAGCCCUAGCGUCAAGCUAGGCGGGUAUCUAAAUUUAAUCGCAGAUUUCACACAUAACAUCACCGAUGGACUGGCCAUGUCCUCAUCUUUCUACGCCUCACCAACCAUCGGCGCAACAACUACAGUCGCCGUUUUCUUCCACGAAAUUCCCCACGAGGUCGGAGACUUUGCCCUCCUCAUCCAAUCGGGGUUUUCCAAGCGGAAAGCCAUGGGUGCGCAAUUCGUCACUGCCGUUGGAGCAUUUCUAGGAACUUUCAUUGGCAUAGCUGUUCAGGAGUUUGGCAAUAGGAAUGGAGCAGGAGUCACCUCAGACACUGACACGAUGUCGUUUCCGGCCGGAAUCCAUGGCACAAGUUUAGCAGUGGGAGAUCUGCUGCUUCCCUUUACUGCGGGAACGUUUUUAUACGUGGGCACAGUUGCGGUUAUUCCUGAAUUAUUGGAGACGGGCAAGAAUAAAAGGGAGGAGUUGAGGAAAACGGCAACGCAGUUUGCUGCCAUGGCAGCUGGAGCCGGGGUUAUGCUUUGGUAA